AGUGACACUAAAACGUAUGAAUAUUUCGCGCCAACCUCCUGAAACAAAGCAUUUCACUGGAGCAACAGAGGAGCUCACAGCCACACCGCAGCAUCGCUUUUUACUUUAUUCAACUUUCAGUUUAGCUGGAAACAUGGAAGAGGCAAACAAGUUAAUUGGCCUGGGCAAGAAGCACUUGGUGAUGGGGAAGGUCGUGGAGGCCGUGAACACGCUUCAGGAGGCCUGUAGCAUGCUAGCUAAGAAAUAUGGUGACACAGCAGAUGAGUGCGGUGAGGCUUUCUACUGGUGUGGUAAAGCGCUCCUGGAUUUGGCACGGAUGGAGAAUUCAGUCCUUGGUAAUGCUUUGCAAGGAGUUCCAGAAGAGGACGAGGAGGAGGAGGAGGAGGAGGAGGAGGAAAAACCUAAAGACUCCAAUAUGGAAAUGGAAAGCACAGAAAAUCUAGAUGACAAGACCAGAGAUGAGCUGCGAGUUCAAGUCUAUGAUGCCAUGUCAGAGAAGGAAGAGCAAAAAGUAUCAGAUGAGAAGGACGCAUCUACGGCAGAAAAGGCGUCGGAUGAGAAGGACGCAUCUACGGCAGAAAAGGCGUCUGAUGAGAAGGACGCAUCUACGGCAGAAAAGGCGUCGGAUGAGAAGGACGCAUCUACGACAGAAAAGGCGUCUGAUGAGAAGGACGCAUCUACGACAGAAAAGGCGUCUGAUGAGAAGGACGCAUCUACGACAGAAAAGGCGUCUGAUGAGAAGGACGCAUCUACGACAGAAAAGGCGUCUGAUGAGAAGGACGCAUCUACGACAGAAAAGGCGUCUGAUGAGAAGGACGCAUCUACGACAGAAAAAGCAGAGGAUGCCAAAGAGAAAAUUGAUAACAUUUCAGAAAUGAAAGAUGGAGCCACAGAGAAGGAACCCACCACAGCAGAGAAACUAGAUGUUCCAAGUGCUACUGAGAAAGCUGAAGAAAAAAAAGCCGUAUCUCCCAUUAAGGAUGACUUGGGCAAAGAUGCCAAAGUGGAAGACAAGACUACUGAGGGAAAAAAAAUUGAGAGUGAUGAGAACAAUGCAAAUGUAAUAGGAAAAAUGGAAAAGGAUGCAGAGGAGACUGAAAACGAAGAGGCAGAGGAAGAUGGUGAAGCUGAUGGUGAUGAUGAGGACGAUGACAAAGAAGCUGAAGAAAUGGAGGAUGAUGAGAAGGCUGAGGGCGAGGACACUGCUGAGAAGGGAAGUGAUGAUGAAGAAGUUGGAAAUCUGCAGCUUGCUUGGGAGAUGUUAGAAGUGGCUAAAGUUAUCUACAAAAGAAAAGAAGCCAAAGAGGAUCAGCUCAUGGCUGCCCAGACUCAUCUAAAACUAGGAGAGGUUUCUGCUGAAUCAGGAAAUUACACACAAGCAGUUGAAGAUUUCCAAGAGUGUUUGAAGCUGCAGUUAAAGCACCUGGAGUCUGAUAGCCGUCUUCUGGCUGAAACGCAUUACCAGCUGGGACUGACAUACAGCCUGAAUUGUCAGUACAAACAGGCAAUUGAUGAACUCAACAGCUCCAUCUCAGUCAUUAAGAGCAGAAUCGAGAACAUACAGAAGCUCAUAGACAAAGCUGAGGGCCCUGAUGCUCUGCCAGAAGAGCGAAAGGAAAUGGAUGAGCUCAAAGCUCUGCUGCCUGAAAUCCAAGAGAAGAUAGAAGAUGCCACAGAGGGUCUGAAAACUGCCAGUACAGAUGCAGAAGCAGUCAAGGAUGUAUUGGAUGGGAAUACGGCUCCUGAAGCCGGUGACAAGCUAAUCUCCACAAAGGCUAAUGACAUACAAAGUGAACAGACCACUGCAUCAGACAUCUCUCAUUUAGUGAGGAAAAAGAGGAAACCAGAGGACAGUCCAGUGAAGGAGGUAAAGAAGGUGAAGCAGGAUGACGCCCAAACCAACAGCACUGAGGAGCCUCAGACCAAUGAAGUUCACACGAACGGACGCAAUAAUGGACACAGUGACAGCAUGGAGGUGGAGAGUAACUGACUGCGCUCUUCCCUAGCUGCCACACCAACCUGUAUUCAUAUGCUCUGUUGCACAUCUUUUGACUUUUGUAAAUGUGUUCAUAUUUCUGUGUUGCCUUGAAUAAACUUAAUAAAAUACUUUUUAUACCUUUUUC